AUGACAGCUGCUUCAUUGCCCUUUAUAUCUCGUCGCUCUACUGUUUAUGGCACUCAUGCCAUUGUAUCCAGCUCCCAACCUUUAGCAACCCAAGCUGGUAUUGACAUUUUAAAGAAAGGCGGAAAUGCUGCUGACGCUGCUGUUGCUGUUGCUGCUGCUUUGAAUGUUACUGAGCCGGGGUCGACUGGAAUUGGUGGUGAUGCCUUUUGUCUCUUUUAUGACGCAAAAUCCAAGACUGUAAAGGGGCUCAAUGGAUCAGGAAGAACUCCUACUGCCCUGACCUUGGAACAUCUCCGUAACGAAGGUAUCAGCGGUGCCUCAUUACCCACUACUACUCCUCACGCAGUAACGGUGCCAGGUGCGGCUGCUGCUUGGGUUGACACUGUCAAGAAUUUUGGUUCCGGUAAAGUUGAUCUUGCUACUAUUCUUACUCCCGCCAUUGAUCUGGCUGAAAAUGGUUUUCCUGUAUCGAACAUUUCUGCAACUCAUUGGAAUGAAGAGGUCAAAUUGUUGAUCGAAACAAACCCUGGCCAGGUUGAUUGGCUCAUUGAUAACAAGAGAGCACCUACAGAAGGCGAAAUUAUGUCUGUUCCCGCCCUUGCUCAGACCUUCCGAACCCUCGGUGCUGAAGGUAAAGAAGGAUUCUAUGGAGGACGCAUUGGUCAGGCUAUUGUAGAUGCCCUGAGAUCACGCGGUGGUGUCAUGACAUUAGAAGAUCUCGCUCAACACAAUUCUGAGCUUAUCGAGCCCAUUUCACUUGAUUACCAUGACUGGACUGUAUGGGAAAUUCCUCCUAACGGUCAAGGCAUCACUACGCUGAUCGCAUUGGGUAUCAUUGAAGCACUUGAGGAAUCAGGACGUAUCAAUUUCAACGAAAUUAAACAUAAUUCUGCCGAAUAUGUUCACAUUGUCACAGAGGCUCUUCGCCUUGCUUUUGCUGAUACGAGACAUUAUGUAGCUGAUCCGCAAGUAGAACAUGUCCCAACUGAGGCUCUCUUGAGUAAGGAGUAUUUGAGAGAGCGUGCAAAGUUGGUUGAUUUGGAGCAUAGAAACGACCGUAUCAGCAAAGGGUAUCCCGAGAAGACUGGAAACACAGUUUACUUCUCUGUAGUAGAUGAAGAAGGCAAUGCUUGCAGUUUCAUUAACUCUACCUUCAUGCACUUUGGGUCUCACAUUAUAGCUGACAAUACUGGUAUCGUCUUGCACAAUCGUGGGUGCAAUUUCGUGUUGAUUGAGGAUCAUCCCAACUGCCUCGGCCCUAGCAAAAGACCUUACCAUACCAUCAUUCCUUCCAUGAUCACUCAUAAGACUGAUAAUGGCCACGAGCUAGAGGCUUGUUUUGGUGUUAUGGGUGCUUUCAUGCAGCCUCAAGGGCAAGUACAAGUCAUCUUGAAUAUGAAGCAUUAUCAAUCUAAUCCUCAACAUGCCUUGGAUCUUCCUCGUCUUUGUGUCGCUCCGCCAAAAGGAAAUCCUUUGCUCUCUGGUGGUGCCUAUGUAUUCACUGAGGUCACUCAAUCUGUCAUUUACUUGGAAGAUGGUUUACAAGACACUAUUAAAGAGUUGGAAGCCAAGGGUCACACCUGCUAUGUAUUGCACGACCAUGCUCGCGCCAUGUUUGGCCGCGGUCAAAUCAUUCGUUCUGUAACAGACAAAAGAACAGGCAAACGAGUUCUUGCGGCUGGAAGCGAUCCCAGAGGUGAUGGUUGUGCCACUGGUUGGUAA